AUGUCUGGUAGCUCACGAAGAUGGGCCAGACUGUGCUUCGGCACAGGCUUUGUGCCGGUGCCGGAGUGCAACGAGUAUGGCCCCCCCGGGCAGCGGGUCACCAAGUGCGAGUGGACACCCCUGACUGCGCACCUCGUCAAGGAUGCCUUGAAGUUGAAGACUGCACUCUACGACCCAUUUCCAGGUGACAACUCGAAAAUGGAAAAGAUCGUCGAUGCCGCCGGGCACAACGCGGGCUACGCUACUUUUGUUGAGACUAUGGCCAAAGAGGCUGAAGAUCGGUUGAAGAUCUUCCUUGGUCACGAGGUGGUUGGCCUCCGUCGUGCUCAAAGUGGACCUGGAAGUGUCGUUGUGUCAGUGAAGGGCCCAGACAAGAAGUUUGAGGUGGAGGCUUCAGCGGUGUUGCUAAAUAUACCGCAGCUGCCACUGUUGCGCCUGCUGCGCGCUAGUUCGGAGGUGGAUGCAAAGAUGUCUCCUCCUCCAGACCUUUUUGCUCCAAGUUCAAUGGCGAUUCUGAAGCUCUACGUUCACUAUGAGGAUGCUUGGUGGAGGAACUAUUUGCAACACGUUGGUGGAGAGUUCAGCAACAUGUAUGGUAGCUUCUCUGCCUGGGAGGCUCCAUAUCAAUUUCCAUUGCCGCUGGAGGGCCGCUACUGGGAUGGCGACUACCGGUGCGAUGGGGAUGAUCCCAAGCGGCCGUGCCGAGGAUUCCUGGAGGCCAUUUAUGGUGGCGAUGAUGCCAUCAUCCAAGCCUUCAGGCCAUUCAUGCUGGCUGACCGUAAGGGAGAUCCGAUUGUCGUCUUGGAGCAGCAAAAGGAUGGGGAGCUGUUAAAGCGGAUUCAUCGGAGCUUGGUGGCCUUCCACGCGAAGGAAUUACAGAAGGUGGGCAAACUGGAACUUGUCAAUGCUAGUCUUCCAGACUCAGCUGUAUUAUCAAGCUGGACCGCAGAGGCCGCUGGUUUUGAAGCUGGGUGCCACAACCUCAAGGUUGUCAGCCCGCGUGGCUACGACGUGGAAGACAUAAAGCCUGUGUUCAACACCAGUCAACAACGCUCCAAGUUUGUGCGUCCGCUGGGGGAGGAUGUGCCCGUCUUCCUGGCCGAUGAGGCGUACGGAUGGCCAAGCUGUUGGGCUGAGAGCUCCCUAGUCUUGGCAGAGAAUGCUGUCUAUGAGAUGGAAGGCUUGCAAAAACCUUCCUGGCUCCCGGAAGACAUCUACCGAUUUGUAAUGUUCAAGGACCACAAGACCCCACCCACUGCACCAGAAGCACCAAGCUGUGGUGGAGAUCCAUGGCUGCGGAUGCGGGCCCAUACGCAUCGUGACAGCCAAGAGGAGAUUGUCAUCUGA